AUGACCGCCAUGGGGUGCAGUGCGAGCACAGCGGCGGCAUCGCAGCCGGCACCUCGGUCUCCCAAGAGGAAGCUAGAAAAGCUUCCAAAAUCGUUUCAUGCCCUCAAAGUUCCUGACAUCCGUGGGAAUGUCAUUGACUUUGCAACUUUCAAGGGGAAGGUCGUCCUGGUCAUCAAUGUGGCAAGUCGAUGUGGCCACGCGAUGAAGAAUUACAGGGAGAUGGUCGGGCUGUACAAGCGGUAUGGCGGGCCCGAGUUCGAGAUCAUUGCAGUGCCGUGCAACCAGUUUUUCAACCAAGAGCCGGGCUCAAACGAAGAUAUUGAGGAUUUUGUACGAAAGCAAGGGGGAGAGUUCAUGGUCGCAGGGAAGUGCAACGUCAAUGGUCAGAACAUGAGCCCCCUGUACCGGUACUUGAAGAAAUACUGCAAAGACCAUGGGGCGGUCGGCUGGAACUUCACCAAGUACCUCAUCUCCAAAUCCGGCGAGAUCGUUGAACGCUACGGGUACAAAAUCUACCCGUACUCGUUCGAGCGCGACAUCGUGCGGCUGCUCGACGGGGACUACUCGAACCGACCCCCACUCCCCAGAUACGACGACGAGCCGCUGUGCGUCAACAAUAUUCUCUUCAACAGGCCCACCAUGCAGCAGAUCCUGACGGCAGGCCCCUCCAACUUCUGA